UAAUCCAAUUUCAGUGCAGCUUCUGGUCUUCUGCAGUCCUCAUGGUGCAGUCAAUGGAAGAAGUAUCCCGCUCAAAAUGAAAGGACUGAUAUUCUGUGUUUUUGCCAUCAUGAUGCUCACACCUGCUGAAGAAGCUUCUAAUCUCAAUGGGAGAUUGAAAAUCUGGUUAAACAAAGGCACAGGUGAAGAUGAGGAGAAGCUAAUGGAGUCAGUGGGAUUUGAGGAAGAGGAGGAGUUUCUGAAGUGUUUCCGAUGUGACCUGGGCUUCUGGGAUGCCUGCUAUACCACCAAAACCAACUGCAGCCUCGGAGAGCACUGCUACACGGGCCGAGGAAAGGCAGCUGAUGCUCUGGACAUAAAGACUCUGGGUUGCGUGAGGGCAGAGGAGUGCGGUCUGGAGACCACGGUGGAGCUCUUCUCGAACAAAACCAUCUUUGUCAUGACCAAACACUGCUGCGACACUCCCUUCUGCAACACGGCGCACAAACUUCCCAUCACCACACUUUUGUAUCUCACAAUGGCUGUCCUAACCACUUGGCACCUCACUAAAGCCUCAACGGGAUCGCAAUAAACAACAUGCAUUUAUUUAUGCUGUCAAAAGAAAAAGACUGUGAAGUGAUGCUCAAAGGACUUCAACCAUAUGGUGAAGAAAAAUCACCAGCUUUGCAGAAUUUUUGUACUAUCCAGUAGGGGUACUGAAUUAGAAAACGCUACUUAGAUAAUUAUAGCACUAGUUUAUUCAUUUAGAAAGACAUAAAUCCAACCGAUCUGUUUACAUCAUAUUCAAUGUAGUAUUUCACCUGAACAAAACACAAGAAAAAAUUUAACUGCUGCAACUUAAACCUUUGCUACAUAUGCAGUAAACUGUAGUAAAUGUUACAGUCAUACUGUAAAACGAUUAUUGUCAUAUAUCUGGAUAAAUGUAUCUGAUCUACAGGUGGAACAUCAGUUAAAGCCUGCUCUCGCCCCGAACCAACUGAAAACAGAAACAGAAUGAACAAACUGACCACAGAGCUGUAGAAAUUUGUUCGCAGCUGCAGCAGAGCUAGUUAACUGCAGUUCAGCAGCUCCCCAGCAGAGGGCAGGAUCUCCUCUUUCAUGAAAUGUUGAAGGUCCAAAUUUUGGUCCUCCAGGUCCAUGCUCAGGAACUUCACCACCACAGACCUGCACCUGUCAGCCACAGCCUGUUUCACAUACACUGCUCUCUUGUGUUGGUUUUUAUUGUUGUUCUGUGUAACUGGAGUUCAACAAACCUGUUUGCCUGCUCAUCUGAUGAUGCUUUGUCAAUGCGUUUGAUGGACCUUCCUGUCCUGUACAGUUCAGACACCUGACCAAAGACACCCACCCACAAACAGUCAGUCAAUGUGAGCAUUCCUCUGUGUAUUUGGGUUUGUGUCUAUGUGUGAAUGUUUACCUCAACUCCUCUCUGUACAAGGCUGGUUGGCAGGCCUGCCAGUGUAGCUAUGUUGGCAGCAUAGCUGGACUGGCAUAUCCCUUCCUUCAGUUGGUACAGAAACACCAACUCAUCCCCGUCCACUGCUGUCUCUAGAGUCUAACACACACACACACACAUAAAUACACAACCACAUAAACACAAAAAAUAGAAAAAAAUAUAAACAUCUAAUGAGGUAAAACAAAUGAGGAGUGCAAUCUCAUUUAGAAGUUUUGCUGUCAAAGUUUUUCUGCAGCACAUUAGUUUACCAUCAUGAAACCUCACUGGACAUUCACGAAAUGCUUCAGGCUACACAAUGCCAAGUGCAAGUUCAGUUGAGUAUCAGUACCAGAAGAGACAGCAGGCCAGAGGAGGGUAGUAGGUCCAGCUGCAGCAAACUGUGGAAGUUAGUAGCCAGCAGGACAUGAGGAACAUCCAGCGGAGCUUUGCUCAGCCAGUGAGAGAUUGAUGCAGCUAGCAGCGAAAGUCCAUCCACCUGAAGGGGAACACUAUACAGUUGGCUAUGUUUCUGAGCAUGGAUGAGGCUGCUAUGGGCAAACACCUUCAGUCUUAAUUCAGGCUAAGCUCCUUGGACAAACCUUUGAUAGCCUGAGAUUGAGUU